UAUGCCGUAGCUUUUUGUGCUGUACAUUAUAUUUACUCUGUAGGAAUGAUGGGGGUAUUUAGAAGAGCGUAACUCUGCAGCUUUAUGUGAAUGAGGUCAGCGGACUCAAGGAGGAAUUCGCCGACGUGUUCUUGUGAAGCAGAGGUCCUUCCUGUCCUCUGCAGUGCAGCAGGUGAACCACACUGUACAGCAGUAGGUCAGGAGGCUUUCAAUGGUGCAGCGAUAGAAGUUUAUGAGCAGCUUUUGGGGGAGAUGAGCCUGACGCAGCUUCCUGAAAUAUGCCAUCCCUGUCAGAGCAGCUGCAGGAUGCACGGAGUCGUGCUGAAGUGUGCCUGUACUCUGGGGGCAGAGUGGUGGAGGUGCGGACCGGGGUGAUGGCUUUGGCUAAUCUGCCCUUGCCACCUUGUUCCAAAUACCGCCACAUUGCUGCAGAGACCAUGGUCAUAGAGAACAGCUUUGGCAACAACAGAAAGGAGACCCUUGCAUCUCUUCAGCGCUUGUCUACUGCGCUGAACAUCCUAGAAAAAUAUGGAUGUAACUUGACGAAUCCCAACAGACCAAAAUACUGGAGGACCGUGAAACACAACAACCCAGUCUUUAGGGCCACUGUUGAUGCUAUUCAGGGAGGACGAGCAGUGCUUUAUCUCUAUGGUUACUCCAAUCAGCAGCCAGAUGGUCUCAGCUUCCCUGAUGAUGUCACAGAUCCUGAUGUGGGCAAAGUUGCUGCAGUAACACUAGAAGUGAUGAGCCUGAGGAUGGAACUAGAAAUGCUUAUCAAGGAGGCUCAUCCACACCCUGAGUUCUAUGAGAGAAUUAUUCCUACACUGAGACACAAGGAUGUGGGUCUCAACACUGACGCUGUGGUCUACACCACCUCCUCCAAUUCAGGUCCUUCAGACAGCCAGACCAAGUCUUUAGCCCUCCCCCUCCACCAUCGCUCUUUCAGGGAGAGCAGACAUGGCCACUCCCUAACCACCAACUACCAAGGUCUGAGGUCCAUACAGGUCUUUCCCACCUCCUCAGUUAAGCAUCCAGAGAACUGCACUAUUUGUGGAAUAUUCCGUAUCUCUGCCCACUGCCUCACCUGCCUGCAGGGGCUCUGCUCAGAGUGUGACAGACUGUAUCACUCCUACCCUGAAAGGGCCAACCACCGUCGAACAGCUGUCACAGCAUCGUCCAAAAACAGGAACAGUCACAGGUCUUCCACAUGGCGUUGCCUUCACUGCACUAAAGUCAACUCUGUCCAGGAUGUGCUAUGUGAGGAGUGUGAGCGCCCUCGACUAGAAUCCACCAGCUUUAAAGCGGAUGAAUGUCAGCCUGCUACUAUCUCUGAAUGGCAGUGUAAGAGCUGUACCAUGGUGAAUGCAGCCAGCAGUAUUUUAUGUGAAGUGUGUGAAAGACCUCGCUUGGCCACACGUCCUCCAGUGACCCCUUCACACCCACCCGUCACCCCUCCAAGACCACCAGCACCAGUACUUGGAAUGCCUGGGGACCCUGACAGCCAGUGGGUGUGCCAGUUCUGUACCUAUCUUAACUAUUCUCCUGCAACAGUGUGUGAGAUGUGUGACCUUGCUCGUCCAGAGCCUGCACCACUGCCUGUGAAGCUCCGCCCUCCCUCUCCUGUCAGACGGGUCCCUGCCCUACCAAUCAAACCCAAAGAGGUGGCCCCUGCAGACCUGGAUACUUGGAGGCAAAAACUAAUGAAGGAAGAAGGGCUGAAGCUAAUUCAGCUAAUUAGAGAUGGGGAGAAGAAAGGAGUGAGUCCAGAGGAGGUGUACACAAGCAUGAGGGUUGCAGGGGAUCGCAGCAACCUACCCUGCAAGUGGUUAAAGACGGAGCUUCCUCUGCUUUUAGACCAGAUCAGGAUGCUCGUGGCAACAUCAUCCAUUCAGUCUGUUUCUGACAAGACUGUAACGGAACACACAACCAAGUCAUGUGAAGCUCCUGCUGAAGAUGCUGGGAAAGAGUUAGACCUGACAGAAACGGAAAGUGUCCAGCUGUCCAGAGCAGAAGCCAAGCAGGCAUGGCUAAUAGCAGGAGGUGACACUGAGAGAGCUGCCAGACAAGCUCUGAGAGACAGACUUGCCAAGGUAAAAGAACUCUGUGCGUUGGGCUUCAGUGAUGAAGCUCAGUGUCAUGAGGUUUUGAUUCAGAGUGGUGGUGAGGUGAGAGGGGCCCUAGCCCUACUGCAGCGACCCCUUCUAGAACCUUUUCACAAAUGCAUUUGGAGUGACAAGCCUGAACCUCCCAUAGACAUCAAUCAUCCUGACAAACAGCGGAUAUGUCGGAGGCUCCUAGCAGUGUAUGAUCUUCCCAGCUGGGGUCGCUGUGAGUUGGCUCUGUCCCUGCUUCUGGAACACAGUGCCCCUUACUCAUUAGAAGACGUAGUGCAGGCUGUACAAGAGUCCCACGACAGGGAGUUUAUCAAAAGAGUGCUUGCUAAAGAGUGUCCCAUCUGCCUUUCUAUUUUCCCCCACAGCAAGAUGCAGUCAUUGACAUCGUGCCAGUGUUCUGUGUGCUGUGGUUGUUUCCAGCAGCACUUCACCAUUGCUGUAAGGGACAAACACAUUAGAGACAUGGUGUGUCCAGUCUGCUGGGAGCCUGACAUCAAUGACCCUGAGCACCUUAACAGCUACUUCUCAACCCUGGACAUCCAGCUGCGAGAGUGUCUGGAGCCAGACGUCUAUGAGCUAUUCCAUAAGAAGCUGACAGAGCAGGCCCUGAUCAAGGACCCUAAGUUCCUCUGGUGCUGCCAUUGUUCAUAUGGGUUCAUCUACGAUGGAGACCAGCUGAAAGUCACCUGUUUUCAGUGUCGAAACAGUUUCUGUGCUCAGUGUAAAAAGCCUUGGGAAUCUCAGCAUGUAGGUCUGUCCUGUGAACAGUACCAGUCAUGGAAGAGAAAGAACGAUCCAGAGUAUCAGAGACAGGGCCUGGCUGGAUACCUCAGAGACAACGGCAUCACCUGUCCUAACUGUCGCUUUCAGUAUGCACUGUCUAAAGGAGGCUGCAUGCAUUUCUGCUGCUCACAGUGUCGUUACCAGUUCUGCAGUGGCUGCAACAACCCUUUCCACACUACCUGUGCAGUGGAUGAGUGCAGUGUGACAGGACUCCAUGCCCAUCAUCCCAGAGACUGUCUCUUCUAUCUGAGAGACUGGGAACCUUCCAGACUGCAAGCUUUACUGAAGAAUAAUGGAGUAGCCUUCAACUCUGAACCUCCUCCUGUAACACAGACAGGACUUUGUGGAGUAAUAGAACAAAAGGAUGAGGGAGGGCAGCAGCCAGAUUCAGCCUGUGGAGCUCAAACCCAACCUGGACAUGCUGGACUCUGCGAGAAGCAUUACCGGGAGUAUCUGGUCAGCUUGAUCAACAGUUACUCCAUCGACCCCGCCCCCCUCUACAGCUCAACUGAGCUGCUGCUGGCUUGCAAGAGAUACAAAGUGGAUGACGCCCACAGGGAUGGAGAAGACACUUUCACCUACUACUGCAGACUGCUCGAAAAACUGAUGGAUGAAGUGCCACUUGGUGAAAAGGUGCCACGCAAGAAAUAAUAAAUGCCUGUUUCCUGCUGCUGCAAGUAUGUUGAACUUUCAACUUAAAACCCAGCAACACAAGACAAGAUAGCAACAGUGUCCUUCAGGUUUUGUAUCUAUUGUUAGCUAAUAUUUGCUCUGUCUGAGUACUUUUGGUUUCACUUGAUCAGUGACUCACUGUCAAAUUAGAUAUCUGUAGACUGUGGUAACAGCGCCGAUAAAAAGUAAAUUUUUUAAACAUAAUGAGGCUUUGCUGUUACCUUUUUCUCAAAUUAUCAUCCAGUGUUUUAAAAUAGAACCAUUUCCAGCAACCAUCACUCCUGUGUUCUAAUGGUACAUUAUAUUAGCUAAUCACAUUGAAAGGCUAAUUGAUGAUUAGAAAAGCCUUGUGAAAUUAUAUUAGCACAUGAAUAAAAAAAAGUGUGAGUUUUCAUGGAAAACAUGAAAUUGCCUGUUCUUGAGAAGAUCGAUUUGGUCAGAAAUUUGCACUUUGAAUAAUCUAGGAAAUCAGUACCAGUCAGUACAGUUCAAUGAUUAGUUCAACUGUUGUUUAAAUCUAGAUGCUCUUACCAGGGAAAGUACUGAGGAGGCAAGUAAUUCUGGUAAUAAAUGAAAAUGUUUCUGUUGUUGUAAACUCAGUAUUUUUGGCCCUGUCAAGAUCCUGUAGGCACAGUCAUGGAUGUGAUUGGUCAGUGGCUGGGCUGUUGACAGGAUUUGAUCUCAUCAACUGAACUGGAGCAGAUUUGCAGUGCAACAGCUAACCAGGAAGCCUAAGUUAAACCUAAGAUAUCUGCCAAACUCACUAGUUUCACUUCAUGAAACAGUGACACCAUAAUACUUGCAGCAGUCCUAAAAUUGCAUUGCCAUGAAUUUGCCUGUAAUGAACAUUUAGCACUGUUUUGUUUUAUUGACAUUGCAUAAAGUUAAAUAUUGUAACUGCACAUGUUUACACUUAUAGCAGAAUCAGUUUGCAGAAUGUCAUAUGGGGUACUGUAGAUAAAGGCCCAACUCACAUGACAGUUGGAGGAGUUACUCAGUCAGAGUGCAUGUUAUGUUCUGUACGAUGUCCAAUUACACUCCCCCCCCCAAAAACUAGUGAGGCCAAUUCCUAUAUUUUUGCUGUAGACUGAAAACAUUUGGGUUUGACAUCAAACAAUGAAUAUGAGAAGAUAGAUAAAAAUUUCAGCUUUUAUUUCCAGGUAUUUACAUCUGGAUCAUCAGAUCCAGAUGUAAAUACCUGGGAAUAAAAGCUCUUCUAAUAAAAACUUAGAAGAUAGCAUCUUUUGUUUGAACCCACCCAUUUUUCAUGGAGCAAAAGUAUUGGAACAUGUGACUGACAGGUAUGUUUUGUUGCCCUGGUGUGUCCUAUUACACUGAUUAUUGAAACAAUAAAUAGCGUUCAAUGUCUACGUUCAGUGUCAGAUUUGAAUUUUGCCUUUGCAGACUGCAUCUAUAGUUAGAUGUGUAACCAACAUGAAAACCAGAGAGCUGUCUGUGGGUGAAAAACAAGCAAUUGUGAAGCUGAGAGAAGAUGGAAAAUUAACCAGAGCCAUUGCUCAAACAUUGGCCAUAGCUAGCGCAGCCAUUUGGAAUGACUUGAAGAAGAAAGAAACCACUGGUGUACUAAGUAACAGACGUUGUUCGGGUAGACCAAGGAAAACAGCAGCAGUUGACGACAGAAACAUUGUGAAAUCUGUAAUGAAGCUAAAGUUUGGAUAACGAAAGGAUCUGCUUGUGAUCCCAAACAUACAAACUCAUCUGUGAAACACAGUGGAGGUAAUGUCAUGGCUUGGGCUUGCAUGGCUUCUUCUGGGAUGGGCUCAUUAAUCUUUAUUGAUGAUGUAGCACAUGAUGGCAGCAGCAAAACUAACUCAGAAGUUUACAGUAACAUUUUGUCUGCCAAUUUAGAGAAAGAUGCAACCAAACUGAUUGGGAGAUCCUUCAUCAUGUAUCAAGAUAAUGACACAAAACACACUGUCAAAACAACAAAGGAGUUCAUCAGGGGCAAGAAGUGGAAGGUUUUAGACUGGCCAAGUCAAUCUCCAGACUUAAACCCUAUAGAGCUGCAUUUACGUGCUAAAGAGGAGACUGGCGGGAGUAACCCCUCAAACAACUGAAAGAGGAUGCAUUUAAAGCCUGGAAAAGCAUCAUAAAAGAAGAAUGCAAAAGUUUGGUGAUGUCAAUGGGGCACAGGCUUGAUGCACUUAUUGCAAGCAAAUGAUUUGGAACUAAAUUUUAAGCCUUAUUCACUUUAAUCUAUUUUAAGUCUAUCUAUUCCAAUACUUUUCCUUACCUAAAAAUGUAAUGUUAUCUUCAAAAUUGUGUAUCAGAUCCAGAUGUAAAUGCUUGGAAAUAAAAGCUAAAAUGUUGAUCUCUUGUCUCAUAUUCAUCUUUUGAUGUCAAACCCAAAUGUUUUCAGUCUACAAGCAAAAAUAAAGAAACUGGCCUCCCUGUUCCAAUAUUUUUGGAGGGGAGUGCAUAUGUUAAUAAUGUAACAGGUAGACUUCUUCAUGACUGUGCCAUACAUGCUUUAUUGACUCGUUGAGGUCAUGAUUUGUUGUUUUUUGGUCAGCCUCUGCACAUAAAGCAGAUCAACUAUAAUACUAAUAGAGUAACAGUCUCACACAUGCAAAGUAUUGAUAUACCAAAGGUACGAAUGUGGCACCAGGGUUGAACGACUCCUUUCUGCCCGCUCAAAGUAAACUCUCCUUCAAAGACAAAGGACUUAUUACACAUUUUUAACAAGAUACUGCCAAAUGGCUUCUUGUGGGAGGUGUCAGUAGCUCCAUGUUGUGCAGGCAUAAUUAUAAUAACGGAAAAUGCUUACCAAGUAUUAAAUUAAGUAAUACUGUGAUUUUCUCAUAGAUGUUUAUAAAAUCUGACUUCUUUUUGCAGCCAGAAGACUCCGACCACUGCUUGCUUUCAGAAAGAAUGCUGAUUUGCAGACAUUUCUGCUUUGGCUUUACUUUCCAGAAACCAAGACUCUGUCUAUCUUUAUAUACAGUAUAUGCUUUAAACUAGCUGUGAUCUAAAACAGUAGGCCUGUGCUCAUGAGUACACAGCUAAAAGCAGAUUUAAGAUUGUUUUUGUUGUCUUGUUUCAGGGUUUUCUUUACAGCAUUUUUGUCUUAUGUUGCAACGACUUUUUUGUGCUAACUGCAAAUUAUGUCUUCAGUUUCCUAAAAUACUGAAGUGAGGUAAAUCAGUCCUUUUGCCUAUGAGUUGGUGUGUAAUAACAUUUUGAAUAAUUAUUUUGAGAUGUAUUGCAAUUAGUUAAAUGAUGAAUAGGUAAUAGGUGUGAGCAAAUGAAGGUGUCGGACUGAGUUUUAUUUGUACAAACACAGAAAAAAACAAUUUGUAGAAGGGUAUCUAUAGAGUGUUUAACCUUACAGUAGACCACACUGUAGAAUUUCAAAUGGUUUGUUGUUCAGUUUUGCGUGACAAUAAACCAUCCGAAUGAAGGCAACAGAAUCAGCGGCUGCUGUGUUGGAUUUGGACUGUUAGGAACGUGUAAGAAACAGCCCUGAUAAGGUGAAAUAGUGGGAAAUAAGUUAAAUAAGAAAAGGCCAUGACAUUUUACAUUAUGAAAUCUUGUUAGCUAUAUAAAGCUUGAAGACCAUAAUACACACACAAAGCAUGCUUUUCUGUAAUGGAAAUUUAAGAGAUUAAGUGUUGAAAACACUUGUUUUUGAAAACAAUAAGCUCACAGCAGAAUAAACUAGAUAGUCUGUGUAGUUUUAUAUAAACACCAGGGCGUCACAAAAAUGCCUUCGUGUGUUCAUGUGCUUUCUGUACAUUUGCACAAGAAGUAGUAAGUUGUUCAUAUAGUCAGUGAAACCCCAGGUCUGUGUGCUGCUGUAUGACGCAUCCUGCUUUUUGCACUGCACACACAUACAAACUUUUUCUGCCAGUUGGUCUAAAAAAAGGUAUUGACUAGAGGAUAAUUUAUGUUCAACACCAAAGUGAUUUUUAUUGGCAAGGUCUCACGUGUCAGGACCUUGGGCACAUUAUAGUUUUCACAGAUGUCAUAACUUCAGACGAGGUAUUUACUAAAACAGCAAUGACUAAACACAUAGAAACAAGAGUGGGUUUAAGAACAUGUCUGCAUUAUGAUAUAUUUACAGGACCUGUUUGAGCAUGACUACUUAUUUAUGCCAGUCCCCUGUCUCUACACCCUGCGUAUUCUCUGCUACUUGGGUUUGUGAUGCGACUGGUGAAGAAUUCAGCAGGUCGAUGGUCUGUCCUUCCCUGAGCUUCAGAACUGCCUGCUUCAGACUCCAACUGCAGGGAGGGACAAACACACAUCAGGAAUGGUGCCAACCAUGAACUGGCAAUGCUGUAUUAGAAACUAUGAGUGUAUUAGAUUUUCACAUAUCCCAGGGUUGCCUGGGAAAUGUGGAAAUAAAAGGCUGAAAAAGCUAAUUUUCCUCGUAGUGUUGUUACAAUACAUCACUUGUGUUAAUAUGCACUGUUUUAAAGAGGGUCAAAUGAUUACUUGUCAAAAUGUGUCAAUAAAGCAAAUUUCCAUGAGA